AUGUUCGAUGGGGAAAAUGAGCUCCAAAACCGACUGAAUGUUGCUGGAAACCCCAACGUUGAGAGAACCACUAUGCGUCUCCUCCAAAAUAUGAUGCACGAAGUCAAUCCUUUUGUUGACUUAUUUAAAACCAUGGAGGAGCUAUCAGUUGAGCAACCUGGAGGAAUUCAGAAUAUACGAAUGAUAUUUCGUUCAGAGGAUUCUCCUGAUCCAAGAAGGUACAAUAGACCUAGAGUUCCAGAAAUUGGUAUACUAUUGUUUGAUGGCGACGAUGAAAGCAGCAACGAACAGCCAAAGAAUCGUGAUAUCGUCUUAAGAUUGAAAGGUUCUGGUGAUAACCUAACAAGGAUUAAUGAAACCAAUCAAUUCUUUGAUCCUCUUCAAUACGUUUUGAUUGAUGACUGA